AUGUUGAUCACGAGGAGACCUUUGAGGGGGGCUGAUGCUGGGGCCUCACAGACGUACCCCAUGCAGUGCAGCUCUCUCAGGAAGAACGGCUAUGUUAUUGUUAAGGGACGCCCUUGCAAAAUCGUAGAAAUGUCUACAUCCAAGACCGGCAAAUAUGGCCAUGCCAAGGUCCAUAUGAUAGGAAUUGACCUAUUGACCAAUAAAAAAUAUGAAGACAUAUGUCCAUCUACGCACAAAAUGUCAGUCCUGGAUGAUGGUGGUUUCUUGUGCCUGAUGAGCGACAUUGGGGAGGCCCCCGAAGACCUCAAAUGUCCAGAGGGGGACAUAGGACAAGAAAUUAGAGAGAGAUCUGAAAGAGACGAAUGA